UCGGUGUGACGCAGUCAGGGAGAGGAGCUCUUCUCUCCUCACUUCCUUGUUGUGUGGAGAGGCAGGCGCCAGCGCCUAUUCAGAGCGACGCAAACCACAAACAGCGAUAUGUUUGCCUUCGUCCCUCUUUAACUAAAGUCCAUCUUUUUCGCGGACAAUAGCCGCCGACAUGGCCUGCGCCGAGUCAGACGUGGACUUGUGCUCCGUUCCUCUCGUGGCGCUCAACGUGCGGGUCAGGAAAAAGUUGGGACUCUACCUGAACCCCAAGCACACGGUCGCCGCCGACUGGAUGGCUGUAGCGGAGACCAUGGGCUUCUCUUACCUGGAGAUCAAGAACUACGAGGCGUGUAAAGACCCCACCAAAACCGUCCUGGAGAACUGGCAGGCUCGGACCGCCGACGCGUCCGUGGGAAAGUUGCUGUCAAUUCUCAAGGAGGUGGAGAGAAACGACGUUGUUGAAGACCUUCGCCCCUUGAUAGAUGACGAUGUCAGGAAGUAUUGUGAGAGCCUGAAGAAGCAAGCUGAGCCUCCUGUUCAAGUCCAUGAAGUGGACAGCUGUGUCCCCCGCACCCCAGAGAGGUUUGGCCUGACCACUGAGGAUGACCCUGAAGGUGCCCCUGAGAUGUUUGAUGCCUUCAUCUGUUACUGCCCGAGCGACUUUGAGUUCGUCCAUGAGAUGAUCCGGGAGCUGGAGCAGACGGACUACAAGCUGAAGCUGUGUGUGUUCGACAGGAAUGUCCUCCCGGGCUCCUGCGUGUGGACCAUCACCAGUGAACUCAUUGAGAAAAGGUGUAAGAGGAUGGUGGUGGUGAUCUCUGACGAGUAUCUCGACAGCGACGCGUGCGAUUUUCAGACCAAGUUUGCUCUCAGCCUUUGCCCUGGAGCGCGAAGUAAACGACUCAUUCCAGUGGUGUACAAGGCGAUGAAAAAGCCGUUCCCCAGCAUCCUGCGCUUCCUCACCGUGUGUGACUACACCCGCCCCUGCACCCAGGCCUGGUUCUGGAUCCGACUGGCCAAAGCUCUCUCGCUGCCUUGAUCAACCACCAGGCAGUUAAUGUUUCAAAGUGCCUUUGCCAUUAAAUUAAAUGGAAUAUAUCGACAGUGCCCAAAUGUCACAGGAUACAGGUCCAAGUACAGCUUGUAAUCCACAUUUCGUUGGCAUUAGAACCCACUCGUGAUUUACUUUACCUAUUAAUAAUGCAGUUUGGAUUUCUUUUAGGAUGACUGCAUUUUGUGUAUGAUCAUCAUAAAAGCAAAGCUACGGUAUCAAAUAUCAGCACGGUUUUGACUGUAUCACGCUAUUAGUUGUUUGUAAGACUAGUCAAAUGGUUUUGCCUGAGCAUAUAUGUAUGUGUGUUUUGCUGGAAGCAUCUUUUUUUUACAUGUAAGAAUAGAUUUACUGCAGUCUCCGUCAAAGGUUUUGUAUGCGUGUUCAGCUCACUUCCUCUCAUGAAUGAACUUCUAGAUUAAAUGUAAGCAAAUGAGGAAGAGAUACUGGGAUUGAGAACAUACAUGGUUUAAUUUCUUCAAUCUUACAGCACUGUUGAUUUUAAAUGUUCAUUUGGAAAUAAAUGUACUUUUUCUAGGAUAAUUUCUUAUUUGUACGGUUGGCUCACAUGAUGUCAUAAAAGCACAACAUGUCCUGAAAUUCCUCAGCAUGACUGAAAGUCCUGAGUUUGUUAGGUUGCGCCACCAGCAGAUGUCUCUCACGCGAUGCUGUAAAGAGAAACGGUUCAAUUGGCUAUAAAAAAUAUCCAAUCUGAGGGCACCGUCUAUGUCACUGCCCAAUCAGAAGGCAGACCGAUCUGGGAAGUAAUACUCCUCUUUAAAAAAAACAUACAUUUGACGUAUAUACCCUAAUUUUAGCUUUUCACUGAGAUUCUGGUUGAUAGUCUCAAGUCAAUGAUUGACUCCGUUACUAUGAAUAGGAAAGGAGUACAAGUACUAGUUUGUUCGGUGAAUGAGUAUAAUUUUUUAUAGCCUGCUGUGCUUACUUCGGUGAUUGAAACACCAAUAAAUAUGCAGCCAUUGUGGAACUCGUCGGUUAAUUAACGUAAGCACACUUCGACAGCGGCUCGCGGAUAAAUGAAAAUGAAAACAUACAUUCACAGAUGUGCGAGGGGCUUUCUCUGUACGGCCCCGUGCUGUGUGAAUAGCAGAAACACUGAUACUUCCCGCAUUGCCUGUUAACAGCAGCUAAAAACCCUUCCUCACCAGACCGACUGCGAUUACUUUCCCCCAACUGACCACGGCAGGACUGCGGCGCUCGCGCGGUGUACCACUUUCAAUAUGUCCGCCACGGAGGUUCACAUUUGCUCAGGAGGAAUGCGGUAGGCGGGGCUGCUAGGCUAGUGUCAAACUUUGGGAAUGACAGGAGUGCUGCAGGAUUCGAAAAGAAGGGGAAGUGUCGCCCUUGUUGGUUCUGUUUGGAUUACUUUGACUCAUUUUUCCAAACAGUCUCGGGAUUCGUCACCUUUCUAGAGAUAGUUCGGUCUGAGCAGAUUCUUCAGCCAUGUCGGAGGACCCCAACUCCCAACCCUGGUCCAUCAACAAAGAUGAUUAUGAGCUACACGAGGUGAUUGGGAGCGGCGCCACAGCGGUGGUUCAAGCAGCCUACUGUAUACCUCGCAACGAGAAGGUGGCCAUCAAACGUAUCAACCUAGAGAAGUGCCAGACCAGCAUGGACGAGCUCCUGAAAGAGAUCCAGGCCAUGAGCCAGUGCCACCACCCCAAUAUUGUGUCUUACUACACCUCCUUCGUUGUAAAGGAUGAGCUGUGGCUGGUUAUGAGGCUGCUCAGUGGUGGUUCAGUGCUGGACGUGAUCAAGCAUAUCAUCUCACGGGGUGAGCACAAGACCGGCGUCCUGGACGAGCCCAGUAUAGCCACAGUCUUAAAAGAUGUGCUUGAGGGCUUGGAGUACCUACACAGGAACGGACAGAUCCACAGAGAUCUUAAAGCCGGAAACAUUCUCCUCGGAGACGAUGGAUCAGUGCAAAUUGCAGACUUUGGCGUCAGUGCCUUUCUAGCCACAGGAGGCGACAUGACCCGGAACAAAGUGCGCAAGACAUUUGUGGGAACGCCAUGCUGGAUGGCCCCAGAGGUCAUGGAGCAGGUGAGGGGUUAUGAUUUUAAAGCAGAUAUAUGGAGUUUUGGGAUCACGGCCAUAGAGCUUGCGACAGGAGCGGCGCCUUAUCACAAAUAUCCACCAAUGAAGGUUCUGAUGCUGACGCUGCAGAAUGACCCACCGUCUCUGGAGACCGGCAUCACGGACAAGGAGAUGCUCAAAAAGUAUGGCAAGUCCUUCAGGAAGAUGAUCUCCUUGUGUCUACAGAAAGAGCCCGAGAAAAGGCCAACCUCCUCAGAGCUGUUGAAGCAUAAAUUCUUUCAGAAAGCAAGGACCCAUGAGUUCUUACAUGAGAAGCUACUUCAGAGGGCGCCCACAAUAACAGAGAGAUCAAAAAAGGUACGUCGGGUGCCAGGCUCCAGUGGCCGGCUGCAUAAAACGGAGGACGGCGAGUGGGAAUGGAGCGACGACGAGCUGGACGAGGAGAGCGAGGAGGGCAGGGCGGCCGUGGCAGCUCUGAGGUCUCCAAGAGUAAAGGAGGGAUCCCAGAACUCAGAGAUUUUCCAGACUCCUGAGCCUUUAAGUAGUCAACCCCCGCCGCCGGCCUCCGGCCCGGCUGAACUACCUCAGGCUGCAGGCCAGGUUCCCCUGCAGCCCACUCCAGCCAGCACUGCCCCCGCCGCCGCUGCUCUCACCCAGAUUCCAGCUGCCUCCAGCGACGUUACAUCUCCCAUUAGUUUGGUAUUAAGGUUAAGGUAUGUUAUUAAGAAUCUCAAGAUGAUUUCCGCUUUGAAUUCAUGCCGGGGAGAGACACAGCAGAUGGGGUGUCCCAGGAGCUGGUGUCAGCAGGCCUGGUGGACGGGAGGGACUUGGUAAUAGUUGCUGCCAAUUUGCAGAAAAUAGUCGACGAGCCUCAAGCCAAUAAAAAUGUCACUUUCAAACUGGCUUCUGGAAUCGAGGCGUCUGAAAUAUCAGAUGAUGUCAAGUUGAUGGGCUUUGCUCAGCUCAGCAUCAGUUAAACCGUUCUUCUACCUGGGACCGUGACUUGCCUAAAAAAUGUGAAAAUAAUAAAAAAAAGAAAUCGUUUAAAGCAUUUUUUUUUUCUUUCAAUGGCUGUAAAGAAACCACUACUGCCAAAGAAAAGAGUACCGUUUUGCCACCCAUAGGAUUAUGAAAUACCGCCUCGUUGAAUCGGGCGGUCAGCUGAAGUAACAGAACCUGCAGUGAGAGAAUCACUCGAGAAAAAAGUUUACAGUGUAUACAUAGAAGGAUGCAAGCAUCUGCUACAAACCGUCUCCAUUCACCGUUCUGAUCCCCCUCCUUCUGUUUCUCUCUAAUAUGUGAUGCAUUUGCACAAUCUGAACUAAUGCCCUCGAACCCUGAUAAGUGUAACAAUGCCUUAUUUUCAUCAGAACUACUGAAUGCACGUUUCCGGGGGACAGCCCCAGUGACCAUAUGGAGCAUUAUGUUUUCCCAGUUGCACAAAUGUGGCUCCAGGUGCCAGUGUCAAACUUUUUACUUCAUCUUUAAAGAAGGUGGGCUGCACGUACCCUUGAGCUCAAAUAUAUCUCCAUCAAGUAAUGCCAGAUUACUGUAUUUCUUAUUUGGUGUGUGUUUCUUUAUCUUCAAUGCGAGGUUUGUUUAUAUCGGCAAAUCCCAUGAAAGGAUCGAAACCAGCAAAGUUUGUCAUUCUUUGAUCUUUAGGCCAGAAAAACCAAUUUGUUCCUAAUAAAAUGCAUUGUGUCAUUUUAAGGGAUGUGAUCAUUUUUCAUCAGAUGCACACAGAUGCUGCGUGUGCAGGGGACUAUUUUCAGCAGUGGAUUCGUAGGCUGACUCAAACUGAACCACAGGGGUUUGUUCGUCUCAGUGAAGGUUGCAGAUUUACUUUGGAGACUGAGGUACAAUCGGAUCAGCAAAAAUUUUAAUAGCUAUCAGUGGGUGUGCAGACAGGAUUUGAUCAUUAGUUGUUGGUCUUUGUCAUGGGAUUUGUUGACAAUAAAAUGGCAAAACAUUAACUCAAGAAUAUUCCAAAAUAGUUCUAACCUAAUUUUAGUGACUCCGCCCUUUAGUAAAAUUCCAAAUUUCCUGUCAAAUGAGAUCAGAAUGAAAAUCUGGUUGCAUUUUUCUGCCAAAUCUACCUUCUUGUGAUUAUUUACUGAAGUAAAAAGUUAUUUUUUCAUUUUUUUUUUGUGACAGCUGCCACCACGUUUUUUUUAUCUGUCUGGUAUUAGUUUGUGUCUGUUUCCAAUCGGUUUCAAAGAUUCUUUAAGAAAAAGUAAGACUUAAGUGCAUAUUUGUUUAUGUGGAUGAGAAAAAAAAAGGACUUGAUUUCAGCUUUAGUGUGUAAAUAAUGGCGUUUGGCUUUGAUUUGUUUUUCUACUGUGUUGCACUCUGCCUUUCUUUUCCCGCCUCAUGACUCGACGGUGGCUCGGAGUGAGACGAAUCCCCUCAUUUUCCCAAGACGCGCUGCUGCUGACUUUGUCGCAAAUUGAUGCUCGUUUUGCCUUCCUGCUUCAGAAACCUUCAGCUGUUGAUAUUUUUGCCUUUGAGGAGUUUGUUUGUAACUUACCUUGGAGUCACCGCUGUCCUCGUGCACUGUUGAGUUUUCCCCCCAAAAAGCCUCCACCUCUCAUAAAGAAGACUCCAAGUGGAGCCUGCUGACCGUUUCCUGACCUUCCCACCAACACCUGAGCUCACGCAGCUGCUUUGACAUUCUUAAGUUGUGCAAUUGCAACCGUUUGAUUCCACUGAACCCAGAAGAAGAUCUGGGCUUAUCGGUACAGAUGUUGCACAUCUGCUGUCUGGAUGUUUUUGUGCUUUAACCCACAUUAAGACACAGUCCGAUGAUGAUGAAGGUUGAUCCACCAGACUGUUUCAGUGUGCAGACACGAAAAGCCAGCAAGGUUUUAGUAUUUUUAAUUUGGUGUUGUGACCAUCCCGUUGCCAUAUAAAACUAAACUAAAUGCAUUUUUUUCCCUUGCUGAUGAAAUGUCCAGAGGAAAGCUUUGUGUCUGGAUUAGGACGAUGAAUUACUCGAGCCUUAAAAAAUGACCAAGUGUACUCUUGAGGUUUUUUUUUUCCUGUUACUUUGAGCUUUUUAUUCAGACCUUCAGUGUGUUUGAAAUGGAGCGAAGAAACCCCAAAUAAAUAUACACCAGUGCUCUCCCUGAUGUGGAAGCAACAAAGUCGGCCAAUAGUUUGAUGUCACUUUUCAGUUUCAUCAAACUGCAGUCUUCGGUGCCAUUGUCCAAACCUGUCCUGACAGCUGGCAGGACAAGGAUCAGUGUGUGUGUGUGUGUGUGUG